GCUGACGCUGACCAGUGGGAACCCACCGCCCCCCGCGGAUAAGAAUCUCGAAGCAACCGCAAGCUGCUGCUGCUACUGCUAGUGCUCCACCUCCAUCCAUGGCUCAUCCCCUCCUCUCCUCCGCUUCUCCUCGCAUUCUUCUCGCCGCCGCAGCAGGCAAUGGCGUUCCCCGGCUGUCCGUGACGUCUGCACGCCCCACUGCUCGAGCGAGCAGGAGGAACGCGAGGCCGAGGGCCCUGAGCGUGAGGUGCGAGCAGGGAGCCAAGGGCGGCGGCGGGGGCGGGCUGGACGUGUGGCUGAGCCGCGGCGCGAUGCUGGGCUUCGUCGGGGCGGUUGCCGUGGAGCUGAGCACCGGCAAAGGGGUGCUUGAGAACGCUGGCCUGACCGCGCCGCUACCGACGGUGGCGCUGGCGCUUACCGGCGUGGUCGGGGUCUUCGUGGCCUUCAUCAUCUUCCAAUCCGGGUCGCGGGGCUGACGGUUGCGUGGAGAGCUGAGACGAUUCCCCAACAGCCUGAGCUGCCGGCGCCUUCCCCCUUGGAGCUCUUUCUCCCAAGAAAGCAUAGCUGCAUCUGCAUUACUGCAUCUUCAGUCUAGUGCUGUGUGUGUCUGUGUGCCUGCACUUUUCGUUUUGUUCAGAGAAGGGGAAUAUAGAGGAGAGUUGGAGGGGAAAUUGGGAAUGACAGAGAAAAAGGUUAUUUAAUUAUUAUCAAAGUGUUUGCGAUAGGUUCUUGUAAUUGUAAGUGAGUAAGGGCCGUUUGGAUCCUUUGAAAGUUAUUCUAUAAAUUAUAUUCUAGAAAUUGGGAAUGACAGAGAAAAAGAUUAUUUAAUUAUUA